AUGAAGCCCCCCUCAGGGACGGAGGAGCCCCGGCGGCAGGCCUCGGACAUCAGCGUGUUCGCCAGCAGCUGCACGCUGCACGGGCUGGGCCACGUCUUUGGCCCGGGGAGCCUGACCCCGCGCCGGGGACUGUGGGCCUUGGCCAUGCUCCUGUCGAUGGCUGCCUUCCUCUACCAGGUGGCAGAGAGGGUGCGCUACUACGGGGAGUUCCACCACGAGACGGCCCUGGACGAGCGGGAAAGCCACCAGCUCACCUUCCCCGCCAUCACCCUCUGCAACAUCAACCCGCUGCGCCGCUCGCGCCUCACGCCCAACGACCUGCACUGGGCUGGGCCGUCGCUGCUGGGCCUGGAGCCCUCGGAGCACGCCGCCUUCUUGCGUGUCCUCGGCCAGCCCCCCACACCGCCCGGCUUCAUGCCCAGUCCCACCUUCGACAUGGCCCGACUCUACGCCCGGGCCGGGCACACCCUGGAAGACAUGCUGCUGGACUGUCGCUACCGCGGCCAACCGUGCGGGCCCGAGAACUUCACUGCUAUCUUCACCCGGAUGGGUCAGUGCUACACCUUCAACUCCGGCGCUGACGGGGCAGAGCUUCUCACCACCCCCAAGGGCGGCGCAGGCAACGGGCUGGAGAUCAUGCUGGACGUGCAGCAGGAUGAAUAUCUGCCCAUGUGGAAGGACACGGAGGAGACCCUAUUUGAGGUGGGGGUCCGAGUGCAGAUCCACACCCAGGAGGAGCCACCCAGCAUUGACCAGCUGGGCUUUGGGGCGGCCCCCGGCUACCAGGUGUUUGUGUCCUGCCAGCAGCAGCAACUGAGCUUCCUGCCACCACCCUGGGGCGACUGCAGCUCAACAUCUCUGGACCCCGACUUUGAGCCGGAGCCCUCGGGUCCCCUGGGUCCCCCCAGCCCCAGCCCAGGCCCCAGCCCUCCCUAUAGUCUCAUGGGGUGUCGCCUGGCCUGUGAAACCCGCUACGUGUCUCGGAAGUGCGGCUGCCGAAUGAUGCACAUGCCGGCCUCGGGGCCCAGCCCUUCCUGCGCGCACCGCGCGCGGGGUGGGGACUCCCGUCUGCAUGUCCUCCUGGGGCUCUGGACUCUGGACGAGCUAACACAUCCGACGCUGCGCCCUCUGCAAACCCUCCUGCAGCCGGGGCCCCGAUGCCCCCCUCAGGCUCCUGGAAGGAAGCAGAGGCCGCAGGACGCGCAGCUGUGUCCCGGCUGCAGGGCCUGCCCGGCAGCCACUCCCGCCUUUUCCUCCAGGGAGAACGUGCUGGUGCUGGACAUCUUCUUCGAGGCCCUCAACUACGAGACGGUGGAGCAGAAGAAGGCCUACGAGGUGUCGGAGCUGCUCGGCGACAUUGGGGGCCAGAUGGGGCUGUUCAUCGGGGCCAGCCUGCUCACCAUCCUUGAGAUCCUGGACUACCUCUGUGAGGUGUUCCUAGACAGGGUCCUGGGAUAUUUCUGGAACCGGAAGCAGAAGCGCUCCCAAAGGCACUCCAGCACCAACCUGCUUCAGGAAGGGCUGAGCAGCCAUGGAAACCAAGUGCCCCAUCUCAGCUUGGGCCCCAGGUCCCCCACCCCUCCCUGUGCCGUCACCAGGACUCUCUCUGCCUCCCACCGCACCUGCUACCUCGUCACACGGCUCUAGACCUGGUGUCUGUGUCUUCAGGGCCGAACCUGGACAUUUGGGACAUGCCCUGCCCGCACGUGACUUUGCCACCUUCAUCUCAAAUAAAGUUCUAGU